CUGCCUCACCUGUAUCAGGUGAGAAUGUCACUCUGACAUGCUACUCCUCAUCCCGGAGUCUACCCCCGAACCACCCCCCACUGACCAUGACCUACAUCUGGAGGAGGAACAGGACCCUGCUAGCAUCUGGUGAUGGGUCUCCUACAGGUGGAGAUGACCUGACAAUAACCCACGUCAGCAGAGAGAACCAGGGAGACAUCUACAGCUGCCAGACUGUGGAGGAGGGCCUGAAGUCUAACUGGAGUCACGGACAUGUACUGGAUGUUCUCUAUGGACCUGACCAGAUACAGUUUGACGGCACAAGUGACAAGCUGGAGGGAGAAGAAGGGAAACCUGUAACAGUGAGAUGUUCUGCUGACUGUAACCCUGCCUGUACUGUAACCUUGUGGGACAUCUCCAGACAGACGGUGAUUACAGGACAGGGGGAGGCUGUGUUGUCUAUACCAGCUGUAGAUGUAUCUGUGUCUGGACUGUACACGUGUCACGUCAACAACACACAUGGGAGUGCAUCACGGAACCUGACGCUGGAGGUCUUCUCACGUGAAGUUACUGAAUCUGGUGUCGUUUCCAUCGUCCCCGUGGCUGCUGUCUGUUCCGUCCUGAUCGUGGUCAUCGCCGUUGUCGUCAUCGUUGUUGUUUGUAGGAAACAGAGACGUGGAGAUAGAGGAUACCCUCAUAACCGCGUUGUCACAUACAUCCUUGACGCAGAAACAGACGGGGGCUACCAGGAGAUAGAAGAGAGAGGAUACGUUGAUCAGCGGGAAGACGAAAACGACGGGAGCUACCAGGAAAUAGAAGAAGGUGAUGACAACGUCGACGACAUCGUCCCCAUCGUAGCUGUCUACUCCAUUAUGCUCACUGCUGUGGCAGUUGUGGUGGCAGCAGUUACUAUACUUGUCUGCAAGGACGUAAAAGACAACCAGGACAGAAGAUGUGGUGAAUAUCUUACUGUGAUGGCAGACAGAUUGUCCCGUGACUUCAGUGAUGUACCUUGUGCUUCCAACAACGACGGGGAUGUUUUACCCCUGCAUGAUUACGAGCGACUACUGAGGGAACAGUUCCACAUCUACACGUCUCUCCACCCUUCAACUUCCUAACUGAGGACCACAGUACCAGGUGAAGCCUAUACUAACGGUACAGUUCCUCAUCUACGUCUCUCCACUCUUCAUCGUCACCCACAGAGGACCACAGUACCAGGUGAAGCCUAUACUGACGAUACAGUUCCUCAACUACACGUCUCUCAACCCUUCAUCGUCCCCCAGAGAAGUCUAAUCUGACGGUACAGUUCCUCAUCUACACGACUCUCCACCCUUGAUCGUCCCCCACAGAGGACCACAGUACCAGGUGAAGCCUAUACUGACGAUACUGUUCCACAUCUAGACGACUCUCCACCCUGCAUCGUCACCCACAGAGGGUGCAUAGAUCCUUCCGUAAACAUUACCAGGAACAUAUCAUCGUGUGUUCAAACCCCAAAAUGGUUGCAUUUUCAUUCAGUUGUUCGCCCCACAAGCGUUUGAGUGAGUGAGUUUAAAGUUUACAUAAGAUCGACAAUAGUGCAGCCAUUUCGCUAUGAGAAUAAUUUAAGUAUAAAUUCUAUUCAAGUCCCACUAUUCAUCAGUCUAAUAUGGUCAUGUCAAUUGUCAAUCCAUAUAUUGUAAAAAAACUAUCUAUUUAUAUACACAGUUCAAUGAAUCUUAGAGA